AUGACUGGUGCAUCCAGAUUUGGCCAAUUACGGCAUGACUGGAUGUACUAUAAGAACGAAUCACAUUCAUUGCCUAUUGAUUACACAGUAUAUACGCAUCUUUUGACUUCUAUACCCCAAUUUCACGGAGAUUAUUUCGAAAUUAUUGAUGUCAUAUAUGGGUACGAAAAAAUACUAUUGAAAAAUCCAAGUAUUGUCGUACAAAACUGGCUCAGCUUAUUCCAAAACUUUGACCUGAAUCAUACAAAAGAGUUUUUGGAAUCCUUAUUGCCAGUGCAAAUUGUUAUAGAUCCAAAGGUGUGGAUAAUGAAAAGACAUAACAUUUCUGAUUUUACGGAAGGAGAACAUUUAUUCUGA